CCCUCUCUCUAUGUGUAUAUAUAUGCCAAUCAUCAUCGCCAACAAGAACAUGCAACAACUCUAGCAAGCUAGGAGCCAUUUUCAUUUUUCCACAACCAUUUCUAUGAAACAUGGUACGUGUACUCAUGGCUGAUCAUGUCGGUCAUCACAUAGAAGGGUCCGUCCCACUUGCAAUUGGCUUGUUUAUCUCAGUUUCUGUUCUUGUGGCACUAUGUGCCAAACAUAGCAUAUGGCGCACCCAGCAGAAGCAUCAGUACUCAUGCGCUGCAACAAGCAAUUCCAAAUGUGCAACGCCUAAUAAAUCACCAUUAGCAUCGCCUAAGAAACUCGGGCCAAAAAUUAGUAACAAGGCAAUUCCAUUCAUGGACAGGAAAAAAGAUGGUGCUGAUGAUGAAGACGCUACGGUACCCGGAAUUGGAAUUAAAGAGGAAGCUGGGGGAUUGGAAGAAGGUGGGCUGUGGCAAAAAUCAAUCUUGAUGGGAGAGAAAUGUCAGCCACCGGAAUUUUCAGGUGUGAUAUUCUAUGAUGGUCAUGGGAAUCAACUGUCUCAGAUGCCAAGGUCACCUAGGGCCAGUCCCUUGCCAAGUAUUUCAUUUCCGGCUGUCAAAGAUGCCAAUUAGCUAGAGGCAUCCAAUUAUAUGUCCCCAGGUAGAUAUAUGCAUGGUCUGGAAAUUAUGUGUAUAAUUUAUUUUUUAUGACAUAUUAAUCUAAGAGUUCAAAAUAAAAUCGUACAUGCUAAAACAUUGACUGUAUGGUGGUACAUCUACCAUAACAUAUCUUUCAUGUUUGUGGGUGAUUGAUGGAGAUGAUCCGGAGUGAAAAGGAUGGCAAAGAUCCUGCGGAAUUGGACGGCGUUUGGUGGUUUUUAAAAAAAGAAGACUCAGAGAUGGUGAAAUCUCGUUUGGGCUCUCCCUUAUUUCCUGUCGAUUUUAGUUAGAAUUGUCUCUUUGGCUACCAAUCUAGCGAGAUAUUGUUUUCAGGCAAUCAAGGGUGGUCGGGAUAUGUUUACCCGACUCUAUAAUUUUCAUCCCAAUUUCAACCAUAAUUUCUUGAUGGUGUGUUAACCUAA